UUAUCGUUCAUGUCUGAUGUCUCAUCAAAUUUGAUUCAGUGAUCUAUCAAAUUAAUUUUUCACGUAAUGCGGAUAAUAUGUAAAUGAAAAUAAGAAAAACUCUAUAAUUCUUAUGAUUAAGACUUCGAGUCACAAUAAAUAGGUUUUUCACGUAAUUUUACUAUUAAUUAUAAAAUAAGCGAUGGCCGAAAACGAGGAGCUAACCGGGCCCGUGUCGCAGGAGGAUCUUGAAGCUGCAGAAAAAUUUAAAAAUGAAGCUAAUGAAUAUUUUAAAAAGCAAAAUUACAUUAGUGCUAUUGAAUUGUAUACUAAAGCCAUUGAGAAGAAUCCCAAGAGUGCAGUUUACUACGCAAAUAGAAGCAUAUGUAACCUAAGACUAGAGAAUUUUGGGUAUGCUUUAACAGAUGCAUCACAGGCAAUUUCCCUUGAUCAUACAUACACCAAGGCAUACUACAGAAGAGCUGCUGCUUACAUGUCAUUAGGAAAAUACAAAAAUGCGCUAAAGGAUUUCCAUUAUGUAACCAAAGUACGGCCAAAUGAUCAAGAUGCCAAGUUAAAGUACAAUGAAUGUAAUAAAAUAGCUAAGAAAAUUGCGUUUGAGAAAGCAAUCGCUGUUGACAAGAAGGAAGUAAAUAUAGCAGAUGCUAUCAACUUGGAUGCUAUGACAAUUGAAGAUGAGUAUGAGGGGCCAAGUCUUGAGGACGGCCAGGUCACAGUCAAAUUUGUCACAGAACUAAUGGAAUACUACAAAAAUCAGAAGAAACUACACAAGAAGUAUGCAUAUAAGAUAUUAUUAGACGUGAAGGCAUAUCUACAAAAACAGCCAUCUCUAGUCGACAUAACGGUUGGUGAUGAAGAGAAGUUCACAAUAUGCGGAGACAUCCACGGGCAGUACUACGACUUGAUGAAUAUAUUCAAACUGAACGGCCUGCCCUCGGAGAGUAAUCCAUACUUGUUCAAUGGUGACUUUGUUGAUCGCGGCUCCUUCAGUGUAGAGUGCAUCUUUACGUUAUUCAGUUUUAAAUUAUUGUAUCCGAAUCACUUUUUCAUGUCAAGAGGCAACCACGAGACGGUCGACAUGAACAGGGUGUACGGUUUCCGCGGUGAAGUGACAUACAAGUAUUCAUCACAAAUGGCCGAUCUGUUCACCGAGGUGUACCGCUGGCUGCCGCUAGCGCACUGCAUCAACAGCAAGGUGCUGGUGAUGCACGGCGGAUUGUUCUCGAAGGAUGACGUCACGCUCGACGAUAUACGCAACGUCGAGAGGAACAAGGAGCCGCCAGAGGAUGUACUACAAUUAGUGUCUCCAAGAUUACGCGAUCACCUCCUUGCUGCAGUAGCUACAUACAACAAAAAGAAUCCUCAAAAUAAGCUCAAUAGCAAUGACCUGAACAUUCCUGGAAAACCAACUCCGAUAUACAUCAGCGAACAUCUAUCUCCAGCAAAUAAGUUUCUACACGCUGCAACGAGGAUUAAAGCGAAAAACUUAGGCUAUAGUGACGCAAUGGGUAACCUGGGCGCCUUCAUCACGAUGAACGGCAAGGAUCUCAAGCCUAACUUCACUUCGUAUGAGGCCGUUCCUCAUCCAGACGUGAAAGCUAUGGCCUACGCGGAUUCAGUACUCAGUAUGUUCUACUAGAAAUCUUCGCAGAUCGCCACAGUCGGUUUGUGGUACAAUUUACAAGGCGGCCUUAAUGCUAUGGUUUAUAAAAUCGCAGUUUUUCACUAGGAGACGAUUUUUCAGUGUCCAUAAGAAAAUAUGCUCUAAAAAUAUCAUAAAAUCGCAUCUCACAUUCAAAGUGAAAAAGAGUUGGGUAGAGUAUGUAGUCAAAACUCAGUGGCCAUUGAAAAAUGGACUCUAAAGUAGUAAAAUACAAUCGAUUUCCCAAUGUUUGAGUAAUUUCGAUGGAUAAUACUAUCUGAUACUAUAUGGAUUAAGAGAAAGAGAUAGAUAGAGAUAUUCUCGAACGUUACUGGAUUAUUACAAACUAGCCGCUCGUCCCGGCUCCGCCCGGGUUCAACCGGGAUGAAAAAAUGUAAUACAGCCUAUGACAAUCUUUCCUGCGGUCAAAGAAUUUCGGAAAUCCAUAGAUAUUUUUUCAAGUGAGCGGUUGCAUGUACCUUGAUACCAGUCUAAUGCUGCGACAAAUUUAGCCACAAGUGUCUGUCUGUUGUUCUCUUGUUGCUCAUUGUGGCUACAGCCCCCCCGUACACUGCAACAUUGAUAUAAAAUCAAGCAUCGUCAUUAAAAAAUCAACCUUAUGCGAACCGCUUAAAGUUGUUUUUAGUAAGACGCGACUAUUUGCAAUGAGAUCAUAAAUUUGAAUAUUGCGCUCAUUUCAUACAGACGUUUUUGAAACGUCCCAGUGUGCAUCUUUGUUUUUUUAUAUGUAUGGCAAAGCACUCGUCAGGGGAGUUAAGGAAUAAAUGCUUGGGCCACACUAGCGGCUAAUAUGAAAAAUAAUUAUUGCAAAUAUUGCUAACGUCAAUGGGUAAUUUUGAACGGUCUACGUAAGUACCUAUUAUUGGCGAUAAAAACCGCGUUAAUUUACUUGAAUUUAAGUUUAAAUGAGGAUAAAGGAUUCUUUCAACCUAAUUCCAGCAAGAUGGACCUGGACAGAGCUCUGUAUUUCAUGAAUUUAAUUUUUUAUUAUUUAAAUUUAUUGAAUCAUAAGCGAAUGGAGAAAGAAGUAUAUACUUAUUGUGGCUGAUUCGUCACAUUCUCUCCCUUUAAUGUACCGCCACUUGCGAGCUGAUCUCUUUAAUGUGUUAAUGGCGUUCUUAAAAUAUGACAUAAGUCCUGGCAAUACCUCCAAUUACGUAUGUUACAGCGUAAAUAAUGGCGUUUUUUAUGACAUAAGCGGGCAUGCGGCAUGGCAUGGGCAGCGGCACUGAACUGAGCUGGGCAAAUUCGCCUGAUGGUAAGCGAUCACCACCGCCCAUGGGCACUCGCAGAGGUAGUGCCUCUGCGAAUGCGCUGCCCGCUUUUAAGGAUUGACGACUGGAAAGAAGGAAUGAACUGGGAAGGGUGAGGGAAAGGAAAUGGGCCUCGGUCUUUCACACGUAAGUGUGGCCCAAGCAUUUCAGAAAGAUAGCUCAGCCCUUACGUGUAUUUCUCAUAUGGUACAGAUGCAGGAAUGAUUUCAUCUAGCAUUAUUAUAGGUAAGACCUAACCAAAAAAGUUCAGCCAUUUUCAACGAUGGUUAAGGAAUAACAAACAUUUACAUGCAUAUACUGAUAAAAUUAAAAUGUUUCAUAGCCGAUUUAAAUAAGAGUAUUCAUUUAAAACCAACCUUAUCCAGGUUACCACGGAGUUUUUAUAGUUUUUCCCGAAAUUGAAAGUUAACUUCAAAGGUCAAUAAGGAUCACUAGAAGGAGAUAUAGUUUUCAUGACAUAUUUUUAAAACCAAUCAACCAAUCAACACUUAAGUUUUUUGUUAUUAAUAUGCGAAUGAAAUUCGACAACUGAUUGCUUGAUUUUAUCAGAAUAUGCUUAAACGUUACGUAGCUCACGGCUAGUGGUCAUAAUAACAAGAAAUUAACAAACAACAGUGUCUUCUUUUAUUUGUACAUUUUUAAAUGCGACUUCUUAAAUGCAUUAUGUGCAUUCUUUAUUUUUAAGUUUUUUCAAUGUUGCCAUUACCUUAUUUUAUGAUUAAUGCGAUGUUACAGUGAAGUGUUUGUUUCCAAUGAAUAUAGUGUUUUACGUUGAUGUUAAUUGGCUUUUCCUUUAUUUUUUUCAACAUAAUCCUAAACGGUUUUCCCGUUGUAAUUUUAAAAUAUUAUUUUAACUUGUAUUUAUCCGAAAACUAAUUUUGUAUGAAAAUGUUUCUAUUACACAUAUAGUAUGUUUUAUGGCGUUAUUAUUAAAGAUAGAAGUAACCAAUAAUUAUGUGUAUUUUAUAAACCAAAAAAACAGUAAAGACAAUGCAUUUAUUAGUUCAAUUUUAAUUGUAUAGCGCUGUAUCUAUUUUUCGCUCUGGCAACCCUAUUUUUUAUGUCACAGUUUUUACAUUAUCGUCGAUAAAUUGUUAUAGGACUACAAAAUAUGGAUUUAAUUGAAUAGGGUAACAGCAAACGCAUGCAAUAAAAACGAAUUUCACUGACCAAGUUUCGGAAUGUAGCUUUAUGAAAUAAAUAUUAUAUAUUGAAUUAUGUUAUAAGUGAUUAGGGAAAAGGGUAAUGCUUGUUUUCACAGUUUCAAGUGUCCGUACGAUGUGUUUCGUUCGGAAAUCGAACAAAUUAGUUUUUUACGCAGAUACCUAGGUAUAGUAACACUAUGUAGGCUGGAUUUCUUGUGACGUUAGUAGAGAAAUUCGUAAAGCUUGUGUUGGUGCUGAUUGAAUAGGUACGGAGUCUGUCAAAUUUUGUAUUAGAUGUAUGGAUUAAAGAUUUUAAUUGUCAUGUGUCGUGUUUUUUUGCCCGAAAUGUACCGAAUGUUGCCAAUUAAUUUGCUCAAGUGUCAUUUACUCACAUCACGAUUGAUAUUAUAUAAUUUUAAAGAAACACACUAAAGGUUGAUAAAGGAUAUCCUAAUUUAAUAAGAUAAUUUGUGACUUUGCAUCUUUUGUGUUUUGUCUCUUUCGCUCUUGUGGUCUUUACGUAAGGAAGAAGGAGACGAAAUAGUUUUAUUAGCGGAAGUGUCGGGACGGAGGAGUUUAUUUUUAAAAACACUUGAUAUUUUAAAUCGUAGUCUAUAGUUAAUAUAUUUAAAGGGCAAUAAGCAAGGUUGUAUUUUGUAUGGAAUGAAUAUAAUUGAGUUGCCGAGCAUAUCAGAAUAUGUAGAUAGGGUUUGGUGUUGAUUUAAUAAAUUGUUAAAUUUAUAA